GAGUCAUUAAUUAACAGAAACAGAGCCGUAUUACUUAUAAACGGGCCAACGUGAAGCCUGGCUUUGUGAUCAAAUCAUAAAAAGAAGCUCCUCAUCAUCAUGAAGAAGCUAGAAGCCCUUGUCGUCUUCUUCUUCUUCUUCUUCGUCCUGUUCUUCCCAUCUGGAAGCCAUGGGAGCAGACAGAGUCAUCACAGAACCACUGGCAAAGCUGCCUUCUUCAUCUUCGGAGAUUCCUUGUUGGACGCAGGAAACAACAAUUACAUCAACACGACAGCUCUGGACCAGGCCAAUUUCUGGCCUUACGGCGAAACCUACUUCAACUUCCCCACCGGCAGGUUCUCCGACGGCCGCCUCAUAUCGGAUUUCAUAGCUGAAUAUGCAAAUCUGCCAUUGAUUGCGCCGUUUCUGCAACCUGGGAAUAGGAACUAUCACAAUGGAGUCAAUUUUGCUUCUGCUGGUGCUGGUGCUCUUCUUCAAACCUUUGAAGGUUCGGUAA